AUCAUGACUUUAUUCUCUGCCCUUACUUCCGAACGCAAACACGCGCCGGCUCGCUCGCUCUGAAAGAAAGAGAUGUUGAUACAUCCAUCUCUUCUUUCACCCGCAUUUUGCCAAUAAUUUCGUUUCAUUCAGAUUCAGUCAACUUCCGACGUCAAAUCAAAACGGUUGUGCGCUAAGUUCUCAGUGAGAAUAAAUUCAAUAAUUUACUUUUGCUCUUUUAAAUUACAAGAAACAAGAAGAAGUCAUGGCUGAAACAGAAAUAAUAUCUAGUAGUGAAAAUAAUGAGCAAUUUUUCGAAGGAGUUGAGAAGCUCAUCGAAAUUUGGUUUACACCGGCGAAAAAUGCGGAUUUGAGAAAAAUCACUCGUCAACAAUGGGAGAAUGUGCUGAAGAUUGUGCGUUGCGAGAUCAUCUCUUUCACCCAGAGCGAGCAAGUCGACGCCUAUGUCCUCAGCGAGAGCAGCAUGUUCGUGUCCCGUCGUCGUUGGAUCCUGAAGACCUGCGGCACCACCACGCCCCUGCGCUGCGUGCGCGCCGUGCUGGGGCUAGCACGCGACGUGGCCGGGCACGCGCGCGUGCACAACGUGUUCUACUCGCGCAGGGAGUUUGCACGCCCAGCUGCUCAACUGCAGCCUCAUGAUAACUUUGAUUCAGAGGUGAAACUUCUGGACUCAUUCUUCGGAGAUGGACGCGCCUACAUCAUGGGCCCGGAGAAGGAUUGCUGGUACCUCUACACAUUGCUCCCUCUCGAAGGUACAGUGGAUGCCCUGGAGAAGGAACACAGCGACGCGAGCGAGGGUGGUCUGAUGGAGCCGGACCAGACCAUCGAGAUCCUGAUGUCAGACUUGGAUCCUGCUGUCAUGGACAUCUUCACACGACAGUACUCCGCUGACGCCGCUGCUGCUACACGGGAGUCUGGCAUAGACAAGAUUAUACCAGGGAUGGUGAUUGACGACUUCCUCUUCGAUCCGUGCGGAUACUCUAUGAAUGGAGUAGCCAAAGAUGGCUGCUACAUGACGAUCCACAUAACCCCGGAGCGGUCCUGCUCGUACGUGUCGUUCGAGUCCAACGUGCCGGUGUCCUCGUACGACGAGGUCAUCGCGCGCGUGCUGCAGGCCUUCCGCCCGGCCAAGUUCGUGCUCACCGUCUUUGCUACACCGGACUCUCCGGGAGCGUCCGCGGCCCGGUCGCUGAAGAAGUUCCCGGCGCUGGGCGCGUACUGCCCGCUGGAGUCGCAGCACUGCCGGUUCUCGGGCUACGAGCUGCAGUACGCCCUGUACGCCAAGUUCCCGAGCUGAGGAGCGCGCCCCGCGCCCCGCGCCCGCGCCCCGCCGCCGCCUGCGCCCGCCGCGCCCCCGCGCCGCCGACUGUCCGAGCUGCUGGGGGCGCCGAGCGCCGCGCCCCCGCGCCCCCGCGCCCCCGCCCCCGCCUGCUGGCGGCGCUGGGGCGCGCGGCGCGACUGUUGUGCUGCGAGACCGCGCCGCCCGCCUGAGCGACAGACUGACUCUUCCAUUCCAUUAAGUGAUAUAUCUUAUCUAGACGUUACCUUAGUGUCCGACUAUCUUGUGUGGCGUCGAUCCUUGCGACCAUUCACGUAGCGCUGCUCAUUAGCGAACUAUGUAACGCGAGUAGGCGAUGUGCGGACUCGUGCGGGCGGCUCGCGCGGGCGAUAUAGGCCGGUACGGGCGGACUGUACAGGCCGCAGCCGGUACAGGCGGACUGUACAGUCGGUGCCGGGCUCGUGCGGUCGCGGCGGCGGACUGGCCGCGAACAAACGCGGGGCGUGCACGCCCACUCUCUCUGAGAUUUAAAAAUCAAAUAAAAAGAUUUCGACUUAA